AUGGCUGAAGCGCUUGUGGAGAUAGUGUUGGAACAAUUUGUUUCAAUCAUUCGUCAACAGGCGGAAGAAGGGAUAAGUCUGAUUGCAGGUGCUGAGCGAGAAGUCGAGAAGCUUCUAGGCAACUUCCGGGCAAUUAAAGCUGUGCUGGCUGAUGCUGAGAACCGACAGGUGAAAGAGAACGCUGUGAGAGAUUGGUUAGCCAAGCUUAAAGACGUGUCCUAUGACAUUGACGAUGUGUUGGAUGAAUGGAACACGAAGCUUCAGAAAUUGAAGAUUAAGAAAGCUGAAGAUGCUUCUAAGCCUCUGAAAAAGGUAUGUUCCUUCAUUCUUCACUAUCUCGGUUGUAGGACAUUGAUUAUGCGUUAUGACAUUGGCGCCAAGAUAAAACGUCUUGAUAGAAAAUUAGAUAUUAUUGCUGUGGAGAGAGAGAGGUUCAACUUUAGAACAAUCACCGAGGAUAGCAAACAAGUAGAACGAGUAAUCACCACAUCUGAUAUUGAUUUCACAGAGCUUUGGGGAAGAGAUAAAGAUAAGAAUUCACUAGUCGAUUUGCUCUUGGUUCAAAGUAGUCAACAACAAGCCUUCCCCAUAAUCUCUAUAGUAGGGAUGGGAGGAAUGGGCAAGACAACUCUUGCUCGAUUAGCUUUUAAUGAUUACAGGGUGAACAGCCAUUUUGAUAGAAAAAUAUGGGUGUGUGUUUCUGAGCCUUUUGAUGAGCUCAGGGUUGCAAAAACAAUACUUGAAUCUCUCACACAUAGUCCAUCACAAUUAGUUGACUUAGAAAUUGUAAUGCAAAACAUAGGUCGACAAAUUGAAGGAAAGAAGUUUCUUCUUGUCUUAGAUGAUAUAUGGUCUGAAAAUCCUAAAAAUUGGAGAAAUUUGAAACGUACUCUCAAGUGUGGAUCUCUAGAAAGUAGAAUUUUAGUGACUACACGUAAGGAGAGUGCUGCGAGGGUCAUUAGAACCACCAACACAAUCUCACUAAGAACACUUACCGUUGAGGAAUCUUGGUCGUUGUUUUGUCAACUUGCAUUUUCUGGAAAAACCAAUAGUGAGUUUGAAGAAAUUGGUAAAAAGAUUGUUCAAAAGUGUGAAGGUUUGCCUCUUGCUAUAAAGACUUUAGGUAGUCUUUUGCACCUUAAAAAAAAACUUGAAGAAUGGGAAAAUGUGUUAAAUAGUGAAAUAUGGGAAUUAAAAGAGGUAGAACUGAACAUUUUUCCACCUCUAUUAUUAACCUACUAUGAUUUGCCCUCAAUGUUGAAAAAAUGUUUUUUAUAUUGUGCCAUCUUUCCUCGAGACUAUAAGAUAACAAAAGAUAAACUGAUUAAGUUGUGGAUGGCUCAAGGUUAUCUUAAGGGAGACAACAGGGAUGAUGAGGUUUUAAUUGGUGAAGAUUGUUUUAAAAGCUUACUCCCUUUCUUUCAAGAUUUUGAAACAAUUGAAUAUGAUGGUAGCAUAAUAAGUUGCAAAAUGCAUGUUAUAGUGCAUGAACUUGCCAUAUUUCUUGUAAAGAAUGAGUUCUGCACUAUAGAAAUUGAUGGUCCUGCAAAGCCUCAAUUAGAGCUUCAUUGUAAAGAAGCUCGACAUUUAAUGAUGAUUGGGAACUCAACUUCUAUUGAUGUUAAUAAUGAGAAAUUGCGUAGCCUUAUUGUUGAGAGAACUGCAUCUGAUAUUAAGAUUGGAGUUGAUUUAUCAAAUUUAUUUGACAAAUUGAAAUGUGUAAGAACGUUGGAUUUGAGUUCUUGUUCACUCGAAGAAAUUCCAGAAGGAAUUAAGAAAUUGAUCAAUUUGAGAUACCUUAAUUUAUCUCAUAAUGUAAACUUAGAAAAAUUGCCUGAAACAUUAUGUGAGCUACACUAUCUGGAGACCUUAGACGUCACUGAAUGUUUCCGGCUCCAAGAACUACCCCAUGGGUUGGGAAAAUUAUCUAACCUAAGGCAUUUAAGAAACCAUAGGACUUCUCUAAGUUACAUGCCCAGAGGAAUUCAGAGAUUAACUAGUCUUCGAGAAUUAAGCAAAUUUGUUGUGAGCAAUGUUAGUGAUGAUAAUAAAGCAUGUAGCCUUGCACAUCUAGAGAAUUUGAAGGACCUUAGAGGGUUUCUUCUCAUAACUGGGUUGGGAAAUGUAAGUGAAGUGGGUGAGGUUAAGAAGGCAGAACUUAAAUAUAAGACAAAGCUCCGAGGUUUGGGUCUAAGAUUUGAUGGGUGGAUGUAUGCGGAGGAUGAAGGAAUUUUCGAAGACUUAGAACCACCUCCAAAUUUACAGGAAUUAAUGAUACAAUAUAACACAGGGAGAACUAUGCCCCUGAAAUGGAUCCUGUCGUUAACCGAGUUGAAGGUGUUAAAGCUAUCGUCUUGCUUUGAAUUCAAGUAUUUGCCUGCUUUAGGUGAAUUAUCAACACUUGAAUCACUCAUGAUAUGGAAUAUGACGAGUGUAAAAAAAGUUGGGAAUGAAUUUUUGAUAGAAAGUGGCAACAAGUCAUCAUCUUCGUCUUCAUCUUUGAUGUUCCCCAACCUGAAAUAUCUUGCUAUGUGGAGUAUGGAAGAGUGGGAAGAGUGGGAAGAGUCAGAUUUUGAUGUUGCAAGUAUCAUGCCAUGUCUUCAUUCCUUGAAACUUUCCUCAUGCCCCAAAUUAAAGUCACUGCCAGAGUACAUAAUUCGUCCAACACCAAGAUUGGAGAAAUUGGAGAUCGAAAACUGUGGUAUUCUAAAACAAUGUUACAACAAGAAGACAGGACAAGACUUCUCCAAGGUCUCUCAUAUUCCUGGGUUCGUGGUUAUGGAUGAUUCUAUGAGAUCCACUUCAUUAGUUAAUGUCGAUCCUGAAACUGACCCACCUAUCAUGGAGUCACGAAUUCAAGAUAAAGGCAAAGGAAAGAUGCCUAUCGACUUCUCGACUACAAUGAGCAGUGACCCACGGACAUCAGAUUCUGAAUAGACAAAUGUUUUUCGAGCUGCGGCAAACAGUAAGCAGACUAGACAUCUUGUGAAAGCUACCGAUGUUUACUAUCAGCUACCAUUGAGGAGAAGAUACUUAGUUUCUUAUUGGAUUUAGUGUUUUGCCGCAUGUAGAAGAGAGAAUAGCUUGAUUUGACCUGUUGACGAAAUGAAACUUUUUGAUUCUACCAAGAAACAUGUCCAGUAUGGGGUGAAGUAUUUUGCUCACAGUAAGAGUGGGGGCAGGUUAGACAUGCAAGCGCUAAAGGAGAAGAAAGUGUGUCAAUCAGAUGUUGUGUCUUUGUUUCCUUACCCGAAGAAUGAUGUGAAAAGAAUACAAAAGAGGAGUUGUGAAAUGGUAUUUCUUGCACCCAAAAGAUCAACUUGAAGAUGCUACAAGCUAGAGAACCAUGGUUCCAGAUUCAUUAAUGAGACUAGCUGGGAGAAUGCCUGAAGGAUGUCUUGAUAGCUCAUUUCUAGAGUUCCAUGCAGAGAAGCAAGUUCAAUGUAUCACGAAUUUCUUCAGAAUGAUACUCUUCUUGAAGGGACUUGCAUUUCAUCGUCAAAGCUCAAGGAUCCUGAAGAUA